CGUUCCGUUCACGUGCGGUAGAGUUUUCACGCCUAUUGCGUAGCCGUGGCCACGCCUCCCCGGGGUGAAGACGGCGCGAGUCUGGCGCUGAACACGUACCUGAAAGUCGGUUUCGCGUGAUUCAAACAAACAAACAAACAAACUUAAGUGCGAGCGGCGACUGCAGAGGAGGCUCGCUCCGUUCCGCGCGGUGCGUCCUGCAGAAGACCGGAGACGCUGGCUGUGUGUGCGUGCAGCUCACGCCUCCGACGCCACGUUCUAGCGGACAGCUGCUUAAACUGGAACUGUUGAACUCCCGAAUGGAUCCCUCAUUUCCCUCAGGCUGCUCGGUGUUCGCGGAGAAACUCGGAAACAUCCCGCGUCUUGCGAAAUGAAGCUUAUUACGUCCAGGGAGGCAUGUCAUAACUUUUCCGAUCUUUAACCAAAGAUUGUUUAGUGUGAAGUGGGGCUGCGUGUUUGCGAGACCCAGUAACGUUGCACCGGGUCGCAUACGUGGGGUUUCCACGAUUCGAGGCGGUCUCGCUGAAAGUCAGCCGUGGGAUUUUGCAGCGCACGCGAGGGAGCGGGUCCUUUCUUUUGUCCUCGAGCUGAAAGGAGGAUGGAGGGAUCCCACGACAAAGGGAGCAAUCGUUACCCGGACAAAACGUUCGCCCUCUGGUACCUGGGGUGGUCCUCCCUAGAUAAGCGGACUACGUUGCCUAUGAUUCCAUGGCUUGUCGCCGAGAUUCGCAGGAAAAGCGAGAAGAACGAGUCGGGUCCCGCGCAGGCUCGAGAAGUUCAGCUGUGUUUAACGCCGCCGCUGAUCCGCUGUGUGCCUGCAAACAGCAGCAACGCGUCCGUGUUCAUAUUCGAACACAAGGCGCAGUUCAUAUCGAGGUUUAUCCAUAAUAGCCAUGACCUCACUUACUUCGCAUACCUCAUCCGGAGUCAGCCGGACGAUCCGGAGUCGGAAAUGGCAUGCCAUGUGUUCAAAGCGUGCGACCCCAACCAGGUGCCUGAGGUCAUCACCAGCAUCAGGCAGGCCUGUAAAGUCGCACUGAAGGAGGACAAGAAGCCCAAACAGGAGGGGGACGAGUCCUUCUACAACUCGCAGAAGUUCGAGGUGCUUUACUGUGGCAAGGCGACGGUGGGCCACAAGAAAGCCCCAUCCACACUGAUUGACGACUGCAUCGACAAGUUCCGCCAGCAUGAGGCGGAGCGCAAGCGGCUGCGCCUCCCAAACGGCCAGCGGAGCUCCGAAGACGAGUUCACCACAGGUGACGACCCGCUGAGCGCUGCGUUGUAUGAGGCCUCGGAGGCCGAGCUGGAGCUCGGGGGCGUGGAGCGGGCCGAGGCGGCCGACGGGAAGCUGGGCGGUAGCCUGCGCGGGGCCUUCCCCGAGGCCAUCCUGGAGGACUCUGGCUUCGAGGAACAGCAGGAGUUCCGCACGCGCUGCAACAGCCUGGCAGGCGGCUUGCCGAGGAGGCCCUGGGAGGCGGCGGCAAUGGGGCCGGCGCGCAGACGGCAUGCCAGCGCCCCCAACAACGUCCAGCCCUCAGACGCCGAGAAGAACCGCACUAUGCUGUUCCAGGUGGGCCGGUUUGAAGUGAACCUCAUCAGCCCGGACAGCAAGACCGUGGUGCUGGAGAAGAACUUCAAAGACAUAUCCUCCUGCUCUCAGGGAGUGAAGCAGACCGACCACUUUGGCUUCAUCUGCCGGGAUGCUGGAGAGUCUGUGUCCGGCCAGUACAUGUGCUACGUGUUCCAGUGUGCCAGCGAGUCACUGGUGGAUGAGGUGAUGAUGACCCUGAAACAGGCCUUCAGCACUGCCGCGGUGCUGCAGAGCUCCAAGACCCAGGUCAAGCUCUGCCAGGCCUGCCCUAUGCACGACUUGCACAAGCUGUGCGAGAGGAUCGAAGGUUUGUACCCUCCCAGAGCAAAGCUGGCUAUUCAGAAACACCUUUCCCUGCUGAGCGAUAAGGAGCAAGCUGACAUUUUUGAGCGCGUGCAGAGGAUGAAGCCGGGCUCUGAUCAGGAGGAGAACGAACUGGUUAUACUUCACCUAAGGCAGAUGUGUGAGACCAAACAGAAGAACCACAUUCAUACUGGAGAGACUGCUCAGAAUGAGUCCAUGGGCCACAGCGCAGGCUCCGAGAGCUCUAGCACUGCUGGACGCAAUAAGCUGGACUUGCUGAAGAACAAGGCGCGAACCUCCCUCACUAGUUCACUGGAGAACAUCUUUUCACGGGGGGCGAGCCGAAUGCGCAUGCGCAUUGGUGGAAUGGGCAGCUUCGAGCGUUCGGACGACUCUCCCGGGGAAUCGCCUCCGGGCUCUCCACCCGCCUACUUGGACGAGGACCCCGAUGCCCCUCAGUUCCGUCGCCGUGCACACACCUUCAGCCACCCGCCUAUCAAGAAGAGGAUCUCCUUCACGGAGCUGCCCACUCAGCCCAAGGUCCUCCUGCACAGGCAGCAGUCUCUGGCUCCGGAGCUGCUUCAGAGCAGCUCGGUGCGUGUCCCGAGAGCGCGCAGCGUCUCUGAGGGCGAGUCCUCCUUCACCACUCCCACUUUCCUGAAAGGUUUUUACCUGGGCUCCCUCGGUUCGCUGGCCCCCCCGCAGGACAGCACCGGCCUCAAAAGUAAUGGAGAGAACUGGAAGAGGAGCCUGUCUGGCUCUGACUCUCUGACUGCUGUAAUUCCGCGUCGAGUGUCUUGGCGUCAGAAGAUUUUCCUCAGGGUGGCCUCGCCCCUCAACAAGGCCUCUGCCUCCACACUCAGUGCGGACAUGGAUGGCCGGGAGUUGCUACCCCUGUCUCCUCGGACCUUAGCCCAGGGGCGGGACGCUCUGGCAGGCCUGCUGUCCGCUGAGCAGGGCCCUGGGUUCGAGGGCGGACGGCGCACCUCUGCUGACUACAGAGCGCUCUGGAAGAAAGCCGUCCACCAGCAGAUCCUUCUCAUCCGCAUGGAGAAGGAGAAUCAGCGCCUGGAGGCCAGCCGAGAUGAGCUGCACAUCCGUAAGAUGAAGCUGGACUACCAGGAGGUGGGCGAGUGUCCAAAGGAGGUGCAGGCUCUGUGGGAGCGGAAGCUGAGCGGGACCUGCAGGUCCAAAGUGCAGUGGGACAAGGAGGCGCAUGCCGCCCUGUGCCAGGGCGUCCCUAAAGCUCGCCGCGGGGAAGUGUGGCUCCUCCUGUGCCGGCAGCACCGCCUGCGUCAGCAGCUGCCGCAGUGGCUGCAACCCCCUGGCACGCCCUACCAGGACCUGCUCAAGCAGCUGACGGGCCAGCAGCACGCCAUCUUGGUGGACCUGGGCCGCACGUUCCCCACGCACCGAUACUUCAGUGCCCAGCUGGGCGCUGGCCAGCUCUCCCUCUACAACCUGCUGAAGGCCUACUCUCUGCUGGACGCCGAGGUGGGCUACUGCCAGGGCAUCAGCUUCGUGGCCGGCGUGCUGCUGCUACACAUGAGCGAGGAGCAGGCCUUCGACACGCUCAAGUUCCUCAUGUACGACCUGGGCCUCCGGCGCCAGUACCGGCCCGACAUGAUCGCGCUGCAGAUCCAGAUGUACCAGCUGUCACGGCUGCUGCACGACUACCACCGUGGUCUGUACACCCACCUGGAGGAGCACGAGGUCGGCCCCAGCCUCUACGCUGCGCCCUGGUUCCUCACGGUCUUCGCCUCACAGUUCCCGCUUGGUUUCGUCUCUCGCGUCUUUGACCUCCUGUUUGUCCAGGGCACGGAGGUGAUUUUUAAGCUGGCCCUGUGUCUGCUGAGCAACCACGAGGGAGAGAUACUGGAGUGCGACAGUUUUGAGAGCAUUGUGGACCACCUUAAGACCACCAUCCCUACCUUCACACAGAACCAGAUGGAAGAGACAAUUACCAAGGCUUUAGAUAUGGACAUCUCCAAGCAGCUGCACGCCUAUGAGGUGGAGUAUCACGUCUUGCAGGAUGAGAUGGCGGAUGGUGCGCCAUGCUCGGAGGACUUGGACAGGCUGGAGAAGACCAGUGUCCUGCUGAAGAAGCAAAACAUGGAACUGCUGGAGAAACUUCAGGCAGCACGGGUGAAGAUCCAGAGUCUGGAGGACACCGUGGAGAACUUCUUGGCCCGCGAGAGUCAGAUGAAACACCUGAUCCGCUCUCUGGAGCAGGAGAAGGCCUCCUACCAGAAGACCAUCGAGCGCAUGCGCACCAGCCUCCCCGUGGAAACCGUUGCCGCCGGCGACGUGGAGAUGACCCAGCUCAAGGCCAGCAGCACCAGCAAAACCAAAGCAGCCAGCAAGAAGCCCUGAGCCGGGCGGGUGGCUCCAGCCAGGCCACGCCCCAAUCUCUCCGAGCCCUCCCCCGAACCCACCCACCCUCCUACAACCCUACCCCGCUUUGUAUCCCAGUGCCUGCAAAACAAGAAAAAUCAACCCCAAAUGAGAGUGAGGAGUGAGAACUCCUGCUUAAUUCUCUUCAGCUGUCGGGGAGGAGAUGGCGGACUCUUCGUAUAACGACCGACGCAGCGGUCUCAGCUGCGUUGCAAAUACUUGAAAACAAUACGAAUGUAUUUUCUUUCCAAAGAGCAGUGUGACUCAUGGCUGAGCAGCAUUGCCGUGAUGUUGCUGUACGUUUUGGGAUCGGUUGGCAGAGAGACUCCGGUUUAUGUUUGCCAGAGAGCUUUUCCUGAUGGAGUGCAACAAAAGAGACAGUGACGAUUUCGAAUGGGGGGGGGGAACCCAAGACUUGGCCUAUCAGAUUGACACUGUGCUGGAAGAGCUUAACCCAAAGUUCAGGCAGGAACCGAAAACGUCUCUCCAUUUCCUCUCUGACUUGCUGAUUGUCAUCCAAUUUUAACCUCCUCUCCAAAGCCUUGUGCUGGUUGGGUGCCUCACCAGGAACUGACUGGGCUUCAAGGCAAAUGAGUCACAUCGGAGACACGAGAUGUUCUGCAGCUUUGUGCUGAUUACUACUACAAAGUUGCUUUUGCACAUGGUAUUUAGCAUAUUUGUGUAGAUGUCACAUAUUGUAAAUGAAAGCUCCGUAGCCGUUGCUAUGCAAAGUCUUGUUGCCCUUCACUUGCAAAACCUUUUUCUUUUGUCUCGUCAAAGUACUCCAGUGCAAGAUCUGUUCCAAAAAAAAAAAAAAAAAGACCCCCACCCACUGCCGCCAUGGUUGUGGACAGCAGUAACGUUAGCGUAAGACUCGUCAUUCCCUCUGCUCCAAGGGCUAUGAUCGGUGGAGAUUUCUUUAUUAAAAUUUCACUUUAAGAGUAAUGAAUAUUGCAGUUUGCAGGUAUGGAGGGAGGGCGAGGUGGCAGUGAUUUGCAUGCUGGUACUUGCGGUGGGUAAACGUGUUUUUCUGUGAUGGCCAGCUGAAGCCAUGUGCACUGUGCUCAGGUGAGAUGCGACGCAUAAUCAGUGUUCGGCAUUUCUCAUCAGCCCUGCCCUCCCAUGUGACUAGCAGACGACCAGUAACGUCAGACUGACGAGCAGAACGUAAACGUGCUGCAUUCUGUUGUUUUCUCAUGUACAGCUGUCACCAAAACAGUUAAGUGUACAUGCGCACGUCUGACAAGGGCUCACUCCUGGACAACGCCAUCCCCACAGACAGUGUGGGAAUGCUUGAAAAAGCCCACAUGCUCUUGUUCCCAUUUCAAGACAUGUUCCCAUUUCUGAAGGGUUUGUUUUGCUCUAAUUAUCAGUUAUCACCCUUGAUCUAAACUUCCCUUCACCUCCCAUCACAGGGCCCAGCUUGUCCACACUGCUGUUGUCUUAUGCUCCCAGUUAAAUGAACUGUUGGCAGAAGUUGGCCAGGCUAUGUGAGCAGGCACCAUACGGCAGUGUUCCACAGUCCUUGGUUUAUGUGCGUUUUAGAUGAAUUGUGGGAGGUUGGUAUUCACCUGUCGUUGCCUUAGAGCUGAAAGGUUACAGAUGGGUUACUGAUUACUGUUGUGGUUGUGUGUGUGUGUGUGUGUGUGUGUGUGUGUUUUCUGUUUUAACUUUUUUAUAAAGUAAUUCAAGACAUCUAAGUGUUUUAUGCUUUUCAAACAAUUUCUUUCAUUUGGUCUUAAAUAAACGUAUAUUUAUAAGGCCAGUGGAGGCAUUUUGGAAAUAAUGGGUUUGUCAUGCGUUAGAAGAAGACAGACUCUGUAGGUGUCUGCUUGUGUCUGUUGGAAAUAUAAUUUGAAUUAAAAGGCCAACAGCGCUAGACUCUAUUCUGUUCCUAAAAGCUUGAAACGGGCACUGAGCAAAAGCCUCAGACGAAUGAGGCAACAGUGACUCUCGUGUCUGCUUAGAAGACAAGGUGCCCUGGUGGUGAGACAAUUGGCUUUACACAUCUAAGUUAACAGCAGUGGGAGGCACCUGUUAACAUACUGAUGGCAAAUAAUCUCACCAGAGCAAAUGAAUCUUUUUGGGGCUUUGUUUUGAAGUCCCUGUGGUCCGCUUGGCUGCUGUUCUGAACAGCUGGUAGAACAUUUGGCAUCACUUCUUCACUCACCAAGACUCUCUUCAGUCCAAAAGCAUCUCAUUUUAUUUACAGCAGGUUGUUCAAGUCUUGUAACAUGUCACUGUUAUCCUUUUAAUCCUUUUGGUUGUCCUUGUGGUGGUCUGCUUCUGUUUCCUCACAAAGAUGUGUUAAACAUGGUCAUUCUACCUUAUAUCUGACAAUCCAAAGCAGGUCCUUCAAGGGAGAGUGUGUCCACAAGGUCUUUUUUGAAGAUGUGUGUGAAGUAUAACUACAUAUGACCAUUGAAGUGUGUGCUAAUGGAAGCACCAUAGAACUUAUGGUUAAAAAAAUAGAUGCUAGUUAAUCUCAUACUUUCUGUUGCUUCAUAGAGAAGAUGCCAAAGGCAGUAUUUUCUUAUUAAUGUCUUUCAUAAAACUUGACUCAUGGUCACAGUCAGAAGGUCUCUAGUUGUUUGUUUUUUCAUUACGUCAAUGCUCUUUGAUCACCACUUGUCUCUUGUUCAAGACCCUAUAACCUAUUAAAACACAUCUUUCACUGCCCAUUUA